AUGACACCUGUAGAAGCUAGUAAGAAGAAGAAUGAAAGUGCCGUGUAUUAUAAACUGUAUGGCGAUAUGAAGCAAUUGUCAUCUAAGCCCAAAUUCAAGAUUGGUGAUAAAGUCAGGAUAAGUAAGGACAAGAGAAAGGUGUUUGAUAAAGGGUAUAAACGUAAUUGGACAGAGGAGAUAUUCCUGGUCGAUAAAAUCCAAUCCAGAAACCCAAUCACAUACAGAUUAAAGGAUCUCAAUAAUGAGGAAAUACAAGGCAGCUUUUAUGAACCAGAAUUACUGCCGGCAAAACAGGAUGUAUUUCGCAUUGAAAAGGUCAUACGAAAGGAUUAUAAGAAAAAACAAGCUCUUGUAAAAUGG